AGGUUUGUACUGUGUGUAGUGUUGCGCAUAUCCUAGCCACUCAGUAGGUAGCUUUCAUUCCUACAGGUACGUACUCACGACCCCGAAAUGAAUUCAUACUCAAAUAAGCACCGACUCUCUACUGUCCGGGCCCGGGAUGCUUGGUGCAGUAGUUCUAGAAGAGCGCGAUAUUAGGGUACCAUGAUAAAAAAAAAGCCUAAAUUGAAAGUAUGAUGUCAGGCUCACCUCCUUCUAUCUUCGCUCAUACGAAGAGAACGACGGUGUUUGCGUUUCUCUCGGCCUCGCUGGCACGUCAAUCUGUGGAGGCAGCAGAACCGGCAGGCAUCUUUGUAGCCCACAAUGCCCUCGCUGUGGAGAACGACAAUAAUUUCAAUUAUGCCGAGAGGCGCAAAGAAACAAAAAAUCACGAUAGAACCACGACGGUAGACGAUGCAGUGGCUUUUUUGGAGAAUGAAAGUAGAAAACAGGAAACAGGAAGCACAGCGGGUGGAGGUUUACUUCGGCUUCGGCGCGGUGGACAGGAUGGCACAAUAGAUGGGGCGAGGAACAACUACUUCUACACACGGAACAGGCUGCGAGGUAGCGGGGCCGGAGCUGCGGCUUCUUCUUCUGCUGGUCGUGCUGCAAGAGCAGGUCUACUACUACGAAAGAGCAUAUGGAAGUGUCAGAAUCAAAAUUGACAAAAUCGAAAUGAUUUGUCAUGCAUAAAAUGGAUUCCAGUUCGGACCCAGUUUCUAAGUGGCGCAUGACAAAUUCUGGGUGCGCCUAAAUCCAGUUUGUAAUGCUGUGUAGGCAAAGAAGGCUGGUUCUCUCAUGCCGGUUUAGCAGCUCGAGCUAUAACCCCAAACAGGCUUACAAUCGGCCUCACUUGCCUGCUCUGCAACACACGUAUUUCGCGUCAUGCAUUUUAUGCAUCACAAAUUUUUCGAUUUUGUCGAUUUCGAUCCUGACACAUCCAUAGAGCAGACGCGAAGCUCGAACUACCAAACUCAGCUCGGCCUUCGCCGAAAAUAAACAUCACGAGCCCGCCAUAGAUUCCAACCAUAUCGAUACAGCAGGACCCGUGUUGGACUAUGCCGAAUUUAACACUUUCUCGUCUUUGCUGCACAAAGAACAAGAGCACGUCCAGCGCAAAAGGAGCAAAGAAGAGCACGACCAUAACAUCAAGCUGCCACUACUUAUACCCGAGCUACUGAACACGGAGAGGAUAAACGCAAUCAUCGACUACAGGCUGCCCGAUCCCUUGGCCUUUCGGCGGAAAUUUUUCCACCACCCGGAAUUGCUGAAAGAUGCGAUCUCUGAUGACGGAAAGAUUUCACUCCAUCCGGAGUGGUCCACGAUAUUUGGGACUGACGCGGGUAGUUCCGACAUAUUUGCCGAAUUUAACAUCGAUGUCACGGACGCGGUGUCACACCUGAACGUUCCAGAAUACGACAUCCUGGAAAUUUGGAGGUAUCCAUGGCAAAAGGAGCGCAAUUUCGUACGUAAUUCAUCUUGCAAGAUGAAUACUGCAUGACAUCAGUGAUCUACGUGUUUCUUAGGAUCGAUCGUCAGUCGAUGACAAAUUGAUUUCAUUUUUCGAUAUUAAUAAAUUUGUUUUGAAAAAGAUUUUUGCAUAUAGAGAUGCAGGCUGUAUUGGUACUACAUUAGAGCGAUACUUUUGCAAUGCAUAGGAAAGAAGCUGAACUGAAGAGGUGGUGUCAUAGUCCUCCCACUAUAUCAAUAUCUUCUACUACGACCCCGCGCCCGGUGCCCACGGCGGUCGCUCCACAAACGGAACCAGGCCAAGAAGAGACGACCAUCCCACAAGUACAACCCUCACCACCAGUUGUGCCAGGUACUGUCUACGAGCCGCCACUAUGGUGCUAUGAUGGAGAAGUUGAUAGUACAAGCAGCAGCAGCACGACGCCUAACGGACUUGUAGCAACUAUUUUCACGCCUUCUACAACGCAGCUCGACCCCGUGACAGUGACUACCGCCCAUCUCGUUUCCACAACCUCUCCGACUGAAACGACGACUGAAGAAGUUGCCUCGACCAGCACAACGAAGGCAAGUGUAGCUCCCGCGACCACACCGACAGGAACAGCUUCGACGGCAGCCACCACAACUUCUACAAACACAACUACCACGACCGUAAUUCUUAUAAUUCAAAGCGGACCUACCACCACAUUAAUUCCAAACGCCACUCUUACCACCGGAAAAAAUGAUAUUCCAAGCAUUAGUAUUAGCACCACAUCGGUCGUAGUAUUUUCAAGCACUAGUACAAGCAGCACGACAAAAAUACCACGCACAACUGCUACCACACUUCCAAGAACCACCAGUAUCACCAAUACGGCCACCACGUCUACUGCGACCGGUAAGCCGCAAUCGCCCCCGUCUGAACAAAAUACAGCAGGAGCUGGGAAGACCAAUAGUAACAGGCCUGCGAUGGGGGGCGCGAGCGCUGAACUGGUACCAGCCUCGAACGGCGCUGGCGCAAGAAAUGCAGACAAUUACACAGAAAAUGAUCCAUCUUCGGCAGUAAGUGGCACUGGCAGCACAGGCCUGCAAGAAUGCGGCCGCUCUUUUUUCUGCGGUGACGAGGACGAGGACGACGAACAAAUGGAAGCCGGAGUAGAAGACUCCGAUCAGGACUCGGCAGAAGAUGUUGAAACGACUGACAACAGCAACCAAAAGUGCCUCUGCACGAUCUUCACCAUCGCCAUCUUGUGUUGCGUUUUUUCCGUGAUUCUGUUCAUAGUGCGCUACGAACAGAAGCUGCUAGGGGAGGAUGACGAGGAUGAUGAAAACGAAGCCGCCCGAACUCGCGCCCUUGCGCGGCAGCGGGAAUUGUUACACGGCGACACCCGAGAACAUCUCCAAGCGGGGCGCCAGCAAAUUGGUUCCUACGAUCUAAGCACACAACAGAGUGCGCAGUACAACUUGUCCGGCGGAACAAGUCCAACCACAAACAAUUUUUCCAGGCUGCAGGAAGUACAAGUUCCGCCUUCUGGCACUAUGCCUGCAGGAGCUGCUUCUAACAGCUUAACCAGCUACCGGUCAAUUGCAGCUUUCCCGCCUGGAAGUGGUUUCAACAAUGCCGGUGCCCUCGGCGGUGUCCCUGCCGGAGGUCCCGGUGCUGCGGCGAAUAGCAUGAUGGCUAGUUAUAGCAAUUUGGGAACCAUGGUGGAUCCGGGAAGGUUAUCACAGAAAAAAGUGUUCACGUUAACGGAAUUUGUGAUGCAGUGACGCGUCACAAAACGUGUCCAAAUUUGUCAUGCAUAGCAUGCAUAUUACGCAAAAUCUGUCAUGCAUGACUGCAUUCUGUCAAAACCGUUGACAUUAACACUUUUUUGUUUGAUAAAGGUUUUGGGCCAAGGGGUUGGACGGCGCGGGUUUAGAGAGCGACGAGGAUGAAAAUGCGGCGCCGAUUAUCCCUAACGCAAUGGAUUUCCGGCCCUUGAAGCCGCAGGUUCCGAAAGUAGUCGUUCCUCCUGUGGCUCCUCCUGCUCCGAGGAAAUCGUGAUGAGCAGAUAGUUCUUUAUUUUGUAGGCGGGCGGUGAGUGUGACUGUGAGUGAGUCUUUUUUGAAAAAAAAUGCGGGCUCCGGCUGAAAAAGGAGCGCUCAACAUAAUAAAGCCACUUCAAGAAAAAUUUGAUUUUUCAAUCACGUUAAAUAUGGUAGCAU